ACCGCCUCCGGUGGCCACCUCCGUCGAGUUGUAUAUUGUCCGUGUCUGUGUUUGUGUACGUGUGUGUGUGUACGGGACGGCUUAAUUCUUAUCCCGACAGUCGCGGGGUCACACAGCUUCGGAGCCCGAUUGACAGCGUCGAUCUGCCGAAGACAAACGAGUGAUACCGACCAGCGCAAACAUGUGUAACUGCAAAGUGUUCCGUGAAAUACAAACAGAAGUGCGUGUUGAUCGUAACCAAUGUUGAAGAUAGUGUGGUAAUUCCACGCGUGACUUCCUCCCUUCUAUACUUCUAAAUCUGGAGUAUUCCCACACAAAGUGCAUUGUCAAAAAUGUGAUUGCAUACUGCACGCUGUAAAGAGGCUUCUCUGGAACUUCUGCAUGAAGGUCCAGCGGGUUCAAUGUGAUGGAGACUUACCUUCUCUUCAUGUAUCUGACGUUAAGGAACUUUCCUUUUGAGCAAUCAUUAUGUUGAUAUUAUAGUUGCAGGAGGAAGGCAUGGAGUUUCUGGUCGAUGGCUUAAAUCUCACUAAAACAGCCAAGAAGAAGUUAGAUACCAAAAUAAACAAAAUCAAUAUCCAUUUACAUGCCUUGUUUGCUGCCGUGGAGCAUGGACACAUCGACAGGGCAAGAACCAUCCUAGAAUCGACGGACGUAGACGUGAACAGUGUGAACAGCGACGGUCUGUCGCCCCUCGACGUGGCGGUGCUCAACAACAACCGACAACUCGCCAAGAUGCUGGUGGCUUUCGGGGCACAGGAAGGAAACCAGUUCAAAACCCCUGAGUCACUGGGUUCACAUUUAAAGCAGCUUUUGGCAGAAGCUGAACGCCGCGUACAAGAACUGGGAGGUGGAGCGAUAUCACCCAUAGAUGAUCAUCUGCUAUCCUGCAACAACAACAAUAAUAACAAUAUCAACAUGCAUCGGGCAUCGUUCAGUAGUGUUAUUCAGCACACAGCAGCAGCUGCUUCAGUGACUAGUUGUGGUGGAGGCGGAGAUGCAGCCACAGAUAAACAGCUGAUGCUAUGGGAGCGCAGGGCUAAGGGUCUGAAGAAGAUGCUUCUUGGAUUUGACCAGGCUCGUCCGCCUGACAUACCAUUUUUAGUCGCUGUUGAUGUCACAGGAACUAAUUCAGUGACAGUUAGAUUUCAAGAGCCAGAGCAGCAGGAUUCUGCAAUAUGUACAAAAUUUAAAGUGCAGUGGAGCUGCUCAGAAGACUUUAGCCCGCUGGCGGGUGAAAGAGAGAUUCUUGAUAUGAAGCAAUUGGAAUGUCAUAUUGGUGACCUUACGCAGGGAUGCCGAUAUUACUUUAGAGUUGCCUGUGGGAACCUUAAAGGCUAUGGUAACUUCAGGCUGUCAACACCAGCGUCUGUGGUACCAUCAAGUUGGCGAGAUGUGGAAGGUCGAGAGCCCAGGUUUGCAGGAAGGCUACGGCUCCUGGAUGAUCUGUUUGCAGAAAUGCGUAAUACUCGACCUGAACAUGCUGCUGAGAUAAAGGCUGCUACCCAACCAGGUGAAACACCUGGGUUACAAAGAAGAAACCAGAGAAAGAAAACUACUAUUAAACAACUUUUCACAGUUGCUUCAAAAUUCCAGAAAAAUUUAAGGAGGGGUGUAUUCCUUGCCUGUCUGCUUUAUCAUGAAGAUAAGGUGCUGGUUACAAAUGAAGAUUUCUUACCUGUUAUUGAAGUAGAUGAAACAUACCCAAGCUGCAUCUACAAUGAUUUCCAUUGGCUUAUGAAGGUGGCAUGUACAUGGGAUGAUGUGAAAUCUCUCCGACAAGACAUGGAGAAAAGUCUGAGUUCCUCUACUGUACACUUUAGGAUAAAGCUACUACAGGCUGCUGCACAAAUGCAGACAGCACUAAGUAUACAAGACCUAGGACAACUGUACCACAAACCCAUCCGUGAUUCUCAGGGAACUUUGGUGAUAUCCACUGUCAACUAUGUCCGUUCUCCAAAAUCUGUAUCAGUAUUAAACUCAAGAUGGUUGCCACUGAGUAAAGUUCAGAAAAAGUUAGCAACUCAUGAAGAACCAAAUGUAGGUGAACUGCUGAUGGCAUCUAUACAGGAGCAGAUCACAUAUCAUCAGGUUAGCAGCAUAAAGCUUAGUCGUGGAUUAUACCUUGGUUAUUUGAAGAUGAGAAGUUCUGUUGACCUGUUACAAGUUGUUGUGCCAACAAAAACACCAAAUGUCUUACCACACUGUAAAAUCAGGGAUAAUCCACAUGUUUCAUCGGAAGAGUGGGAGUGGCUCAAAUAUCAGAGCACAAGGCAUAAAGCUCAAAGCUGUUGCUCAAGUGAGACAAUGAGUGCAACAUCAGGAGAUGAAGGAACUGGAGAUGAACAAGAGCAGGGUACUGAACAACAGAGGUAUUUCGUUGAGCUUGUUGCUGCCACAGCAAGAAGACUAUUUUCUUACAUGGAGAUUAGUACACAAGAUGCUCUGGCACAUAGAUUGUAUGACACUGAGGUUGUUGAUCUGAGUUCAGAAGUAUCUUUCCUAAUAAUAGUACCACCUGCAGAAACAGCAUGUGCUGUACCAGGACAGAGGGAUACCUUGCUGCAGCGAGGUGACUUGAUAUCUUUACCUGUUCAGGUCUUUGAAAUGGUGCAUCUUGGCACAUAUCAGAGAGAGGUCAUCUCCCGCUACUCUCGGCUGUCUUGUAUACUCGAGCUAGAUACAGUAUUAGCCCACCACACUCACCGUGAGGCAUUCUCAUCAUCAGAGGUAGCAGCAGCUAAAGACAGAUUGGCACAACUGCAGGAGUACCAAGGACAGCUGAAUCUUGCAUGGAAGGGUGCUAGGUGGCUCAUGGAUGUACUGACUUUCGCUCGGGAUCGUGGUGGCGGACCUCAUGCUGCGACACCAGGAAUCCCCAUCAGAUCAUUACUUGCACGUCGCUCGUCAGGGAGUGCAGAAGACAGCUGUGGUGGAGGUGACAAUGAGACAGGGUGUGGCAGUGGUGCCAGUAUUGUUGGUGGUGCUGGUGGAGGCAGCCUGAAACGUAGUUUACUGCAGUUACCACCCCGUGAUCCAAAGUUAGUAAAGUCAAGUGCUAGUCGUGGAAGCUGGCCUGGACCAGGGAAUGCAGCUACAGGAACAUCCUGCUUGUUAGCAGGAACAGAGCUUAGUAAAAGUGAACAGCAUCUUAGUUCUGGACAGCAGCAGCAUUCUCAUUGCAGUGUUGUGACUGUAGCAGCUGGUAGUGACAUCAGCAACUGCUCUAGUUCCAGUGCAACCAACACAUUAGCUAGUGGUGCUAGCUUCACCCUUCCAAGUGUAGGAAACCGGCUACCUCCGUCCCGCAGUGAGGACACACUCCUGCAGCAUGCACAGCCAUCACACAUGAAGACACACACCCGAUCUCGCUCAUCAACUAUCACUGCAUCAGUAUCUGCUUCAACGAGCCCUCUUCUGUCUGUUCGACCUGGUGCUUAUGGUGGGAGCCUUCUCAGCAUGCAUUCUGUGUCAUCUGGGGAUGAAUCUUCUUCCUCACCAGCCAAACCACCUUCCACUAUUGCUGAUCACUGUGAAGGCGAAGAUGAUGAGGACGAAUCAGCUGCUGCUUCCACUGCAGUUGUGCCCACUCCUGCUCCUGGUAUUAUACAGGUUUAUGCGGCAUAUGAAACCGGUCUUGCUAGUGGAACAAGUCUAAAAAUACACAUUACACCAAGGACAACAGCACGUGAAGUGGUAGAUUUGGUCGUGAAGCAGUUAAAUAUGGCCGUGGUAUUAAAAGGGAAAGAUGGGCCUAUAUACCCUAAUGACAAGCUAAAGAAUUUUUGUCUUGUUGCCGUUAUAGGUGCCAGGGAAAGGUGUUUAAGAGAUGAUUUCAAACCACUUCAAUUGCAGAAUCCAUGGAAAAAAGGCAGACUAUAUGUUCGUCAAAAACACGAUGUCUUGGCAGCAUUGGAGCAAAGUUCAAGGCACACCGCUUAUCUCUAGUAGUAAUUCAUGAACCAUAAAGGAGCGACAGUGAUAUUUCCAAAUAUAAAAUGAAAGAAAAUACUUACAAAUGUGGAGAAAAUGACUUAAAUAAAUGUUUAAUAGCAAAAAAUUAUUCUGUUGUAAAUAGUAUAUGUUGAAAAAUUAUUAUAAAUACAGAUAUAUUAUUUUAUAAAUUUAAAUGAAUUGCACUCAAAAGCAUCUGUUAGUUUCCUACAGGAGUGUGCGUCAUUAAGAAUUGUAUAUAUUGUGCAGAUUAUUAUGAGAAUUUGGUUCACACAACCACACACAUAUGUAUGUAAGAAUAAAUGUAAUAUCUCAUCAGAUCUCUAGAAACUGUGUGUGUCUCUUGAGGAGAAACUUUUAAAAAUGAGUAAUAAAAUCGAUUUAUUUAUUUU